UAGAAUUGGUAUUCAAUAGUAGUUUUGGUGGCUAUCCAACCAUUUGACGUGUGAUAUAUUAGACGAUCCCUUUGAUCCUUUCUGGAUGGUAUUCGUAUAGUUAUGCCAUAUACAUACACACGUUAUACAUGAGGUCAUAAUGCUUACUAGUUGUAGUUCUUUUUGUUUACAUUUACAGGCUUACCUGCAGAAGUUGAUAGCAUUAGAAAAACAGGCUGCGUUUCACCGUGUAGCCAUUCGCUGUAUCUGUACUUUAUUAGAGGCUGUUCCACACUUCAACUUCCGUGAAAGCUUAUUAUCGGUUGUUAUCAAGAAUAUCAGCUCCCAGGAUGAUGUCAUAAGGAAGCUCUGUUGUGCUACUGUUAAGUCACUUUUUACCAACGAGGGAAAACAUGGUGGUGAAGCUACUGUUGAGGCUGUUCAAUUGAUUGCAGAUCAUGUGAAAGCUCAUGAUUGCCAAUUGCAUCCUGAUUCCGUUGAGGUUUUCAUGACACUGUCAUUUGAUGAGGAUCUUGGGAAGCCUGAAAGUUCAAAUGCAGAUAACAAAACUAAAAACAAAAAAUUUAAGAAAAGGAAAAAUUUGAAGGAGCCAAGUCAGUUACCAGAGAAUGAAAAGAAGAAAUCUAGGCGAGAAUUGAUGUCAAAGACAAGAGAAGAGGUGGAUGCCGACUUUAAGGCUGCUUCAUUUACCCAAGAUUUUAUGGAACGGAGAAGGAUGCAGACGGAAACUCUUUCUGCUGUAUUUGAAACAUACUUCCGCAUCUUGAAGAAUACCAUGCAGCCAAGACCAGAAGCAACCACUUUACCUGGUUUCUCUGGGGCCCACCCUCUACUUGCUCCAUGUUUGGAUGGAAUUGGGAAAUUUUCCCAUCUGAUUGACUUAGAUUUUAUGGCUGAUCUUAUGAAUUAUCUGAGAAAGCUUGCUGGCAGUGGAAGCAACUUGGAUGGUUCUGAGAAUAGUUUGAAGCGUCUGACUGUAUCUGAACGCUUGCGGUGUUGCAUUGUUGCUUUCAAAGUGAUGAGGAAUAAUCUUGAUGCCUUGAAUGUUGAUUUGCAGGACUUCUUUGUCCAGCUUUACAAUCUUUUAUUUAAGUACAGGCCAGGAAGGGAUCCAGGUGAUGUGUUAGCUGAAGCUCUGAAGAUAAUGUUAUGUGAUGAUAGGCAACAUGACAUGCAAAGGGCUGCUGCAUUCAUAAAACGUUUGGCCACAUUCUCUUUAUGCUUUGGAGCUGCAGAGUCGUUGGCUGCCUUGGUUACAUUGAAGCAUCUUCUUCAAAAGAAUGUCAAAUGCCGCAAUCUGUUAGAAAAUGAUGCUGGUGGUGGAUCAGUUUCAGGUCCCAUUGCGAAAUAUCAGCCAUAUGCUUCGGAUCCACACCUCAGUGGUGCACUUGCUUCUGUCCUUUGGGAGCUGAACCUUCUGGCAAGACAUUAUCAUCCGACCAUUUCUACAAUGGCCUCGAGCAUUUCAACCAUGACCGCUGCACAUAACCAGGCCCUUCAUUACAAUGCCUCUCCUCAACAAGCUUUUGUGGAGUUGUCACUGGAACAGGAGGCAUUCAACCCAAGCUUUGAAAACAGGAGAUCAAGUAUUAAGCGGAAAAGAAUAAGUGGGUCUACUUCCGUUUCAGCCUGUGUUGAGUCAAGUCUUGAUACGACAAGUCAGACUGAUGAAAACGAGGUCAGGAAGAAACUUUCUGAGCAUUUCUUUCUGCUUCGUGACAUGUCAGAAAAUGAGAGAUUAAGGGGCGAGUUAGAUAGAACAAAACUGUCUUUACAAUUAUAUGAACAAUAUAAGAAGCAAAAGGAAGAAAUCAAGGUAGCUCAAGAGCAGUAAAUAUGAAAUUUUGUUGGACUAUUUUUAUUGAAAUGUUGGUUGGGUCUUGGCAAAAUUUUUGGAAUCUGUGUCUAAUGGUUUUAUAAUGUCUUGGGUAUUUGGUUUAUGUUAAUUUGG